CUUCACACUUCAACUGUACACUUCUCUCUCUAGACUCCUACACCUCAAUCUCUCUCUCUCCCAAAGUUCUCAACAUUUUUCACCAUAAAUCCGAGGAUGCCCAUUUCGAAAGAUUCAUUCUUGAGACAGCUUAGCGGAAAAGAAGCUUGGGAAUCGGCUUCUAGAAGGUGGACCGCCGGAGAAAGCUCUCCCGGCGACGAAGACGGCGACGGAUACACCGCCAACAUGGAGGGUCUCUACGGGAUGUACGACGGCGGAGGUUACGGCGGAGACACGACGGCGACGACGAGCAGUAAGAGGGUGAUGGUGGUCGUCGAUGAGACGUCGCGGUCCAAGCAUGCGAUGAUGUGGGCGUUGACGCAUGUCACCAACAAAGGAGACUUCAUCACUCUUCUUCAUGUUGUGUCUCCUCACCAUCACGAUGCUUCUCUCUCUUCUUCUUCUUUGGCUCACUCUCUUGGUUCUCUCUGUAAAGCUUGCAAACCAGAGGUAGAAGUGGAGGCAUUGGUAAUACAAGGACCGAAGCUAGCAACUGUACUAAGCCAAGUGAAGAAGCUCGAAGCCUCAGUUCUCGUGUUGGGUCAGAAGAAACCCUCACCGUUGAUCUCCUGCUUAUGCGGGCUGAGCAGAUCCGAGGCGUUCGUUGAUGAUUGCAUCAACGGUGCAGAUUGCUUGACAAUUGGAGUCAGGAAACAAAGCAACGGCGUCAGCGGUUAUCUUAUUAACACGCGAUGGCAGAAGAAUUUCUGGCUCUUGGCCUAACCACAAUCGCACACGCAAUCGCAGCUUCACAAUCGCAAACGCAGUUACGAUGUAUCCAAACCUGGUGUUAGUAUUCGGAUUCUUAGCCUUUUCAGUGUCCUAACAAGAGAACGAGAGAGACUUUAGUCUUUGUGUUUAUUGUUUAUUGUGUCUUAAAUGUUGGAUCUUUCUCUUGUCCCAUGUUAACAUAGGCACCAUAUAUAUAAAAUAAUAUCGAGUCUUGUUUUUGUAUAAACUAAGAUUUUGUGUUGGACCCUCUUAUUAUAUGUUUUAACAAAACGUGAAUUCAAAUUGGUCAAGAAACCA